UAAAACCCUAAUAAGUAUAAACCCCAAAACCCUAUAAGUGAGGCAUCAUCCUCCAUUGAAAGUUUCCCCCAUAAAUCACGAUGAUGAGCAUCAUCCUCAGAAGAUCAACUUCUCAAGCUCCGAAGCUGGCCCUGGCCUUUCACACACUCUUCCACCACCCUUUCUCCUCCACGCCGCCUGUGCUCCACAGCAACCCUAGCAGCCCCUCUGCCGGGUUUAGUACUCAUUUCAGGGAAAUUCAUGUGAAAUCCGGGCCCUUGGAUUUCAAGGCAGAGCUUGCUGCUGCACAUGAUUUCGGGUAUGAGGAAGACAAGGGUAAGGAAGAGGAGGGUCUUGAAAUUGGCAAGCUUGGCAUUUCUCAAGAGAUUGUCUCUGCUUUGGCCCGUAGGGGUAUUACUAAACUUUUUCCAAUUCAGAAAGCUGUGCUGGAACCCGCAAUGCAAGGACGGGACUUGUUUGGAAGGGCUCGUACUGGAACGGGAAAGACGCUUGCUUUCGGAAUCCCGAUUAUUGAUCGAAUCAUCCAGUUCAAUGCUAAGCAUGGCAAGGGGAGGAACCCUCUGGCUCUCAUUAUGGCUCCAACAAGGGAGCUUGCUCGCCAAGUUGAGAAGGAGUUUUGUGAGUCCGCACCUAGCUUGGAUGCCAUAUGUUUAUAUGGUGGUACACCCAUUUCUCGCCAAAUGAAGGAGCUUGACCAUGGUGUUGAUGUCGUUGUUGGCACACCUGGACGCAUCAUUGAUCUCAUGAAGAGAGGUUCUUUGAACCUCUCAGAGGUUCAGUUUGUUGUUCUUGAUGAAGCUGAUCAGAUGCUUGGUGUGGGUUUUGUCGAUGAUAUUGAAAUUAUCUUCCAGAGGCUGCCACAGAAACGACACAGUAUGCUCUUCUCUGCAACUAUGCCAAGUUGGAUUAAGAACCUUGUUAGAAAUUACUUGAAAGAUCCGCUGACUAUCGAUCUUGUUGGGGAUUCUGAUAAGAAGCUGGCUGAUGGAAUUACCCUCUAUUCAAUUGUGUCAGACAUGUAUGGAAAAGCAUCAAUACUUGGUCCUCUGAUAACUGAGCAUGCAAAAGGAGGUAAAUGUAUUGUCUUUACCCAAACAAAACGUGAUGCUGAUCGACUAGCAAAUGCUAUGGCAAGAAACUUUAGAUGCGAGGCUUUACAUGGGGAUAUUUCACAGAGUCAGAGAGAGAGAACACUUUCAGACUUCCGAAAUGGGACCUUCAAUAUAUUAGUUGCCACUGAUGUUGCUGCUCGUGGCCUUGAUGUGCCUAAUGUUGACCUGAUAAUACAUUAUGCAUUGCCCAACUGUUCGGAGACUUUUGUCCAUCGAUCUGGCCGUACUGGCCGUGCAGGUAAGAAAGGAACUGCCAUUCUUAUUUAUACACACGAAGAAACCAGGCAAGUCAGGAUCUAUGAGCGGGAAGUUGGGUGCAGAUUCACAGAGCUUCCUAAGAUCACUGUUGAGGGUGGAGGCGCAGACAUGUUUAGUGACAUGGGUAAUGAUCGUAGAUUUGGAGGAUCAAGAGAUCGUCAAUUUAGUAGUCCAGGUUUUGGACGAGAUGGUAAUCGUGGGGAUUCUGGGUAUGGCCGUUUUGGAGGUGGCAAUAGAAAUGGUGGAUUUGGCCGUUCUGAUGGUGGUGGUCAGUUUUCCAGUCAAAUGAGCGGACGUAGUCGGGUUGGUUAUAACAGAAAUCAAACGGGGAAUUCGAGUAGUCCCGGGUUUGGUAGUUUUGGUGAAGCUGGUAGUAGAUCAGAUCGUUCAAGUAGUUUUGGGGAGUUCGGUUCUGGUCGUUCUAGUGGGUUUGGGAACAAUUCUAGUAGUAGAUUUGGAAGCUUUGGAAAUAAAGAGUGACCAAGUAAAGUGGGGUUGACUUGUGACAAGGGAGGCAGAAAACAAAACAGGGCUGCACAGCUUUUUGAGAUUAUCAACAUAAACUAGAGGAACUGCGAAACGUUUCUUUUGUCAUUUUAAGAAAGUUGCUGAUGUAUUAAUGAAAUAUGAAUGUAGUGCUUAUGAUUGAGAAAUAAGCUCAUCAUCUUUUAUCAUCCUCUUGAUGUUACAAGUCACACAGGUUCUUGAGAUGUACGGUCAAUAUAUAUUUCAAACCAUUAGGAAAUUCUCUA